AUGUCGGCCAGCAUCACAGCUAUUGUCCUCUUCCUCUUGCGUGGUGCGCUCCACUUCUCUGGGGCCGCUCCAGACCAACCAGCCGAGCCAGCUGCCAAUGGCUCGCCACUGCCGCCCCCGGCGCCGGAGGCGGAAAUCACGGCCACAUCAGCCGCAUCUGUGGCCCCAGUUGCCCAGUUCACCCCAGAGGCAUCUGCGGAGGCCACGAAAACUGAAGCAGCAACUGCUGCCCCAGUCGUUCAGAAGAAGGCGGGCUGGGAGCUACAUCAGCUGCCAAUCAUCCAGGGUUGCGUGCACUGCUGCAGUGAGGACGACCAUAAUGCCCCGUGCCUCGAUGUGGAGCUCUGCGCCGCCUCGGGACCCGAGAAAGGCAAGUAUGCCCUGGCCCUGAGCCAUUGGGGGCGACCCAAUGAGGGCAUGCUCGGAUCCAUCAAGUCGAUGCGGGCUGCUGCAGACCUGCUUGGGAACACCGACAUUUACAUGGUGAUGCUAGAGACAGACGCUGAGCAGAUGACCCCCAAGCUCCACAAGAUCUUCGCCAAGUGGGGCGUGAAGCUGUAUCCAGUAAAAUGGGACGUCCCACCGGAAAUGAAGUUCUACCCAAAGACGGACUGGUGCGGCCAUCAAGACUUGAUUCGGCUCAAUGUCCUUGGCAUUGAAGGCUAUGAUGCCGUGGCCUACUUUGACGGAGACUGCGAGUUUCAGGGCGACAUCACACCGAUGAUGCGCUGCGCGGCUACGGGAAUGUUUCUCAGCACCAGCGGGGGAAUGGGCGAAUCACUCAACGUGGGUUUCUUUGCUGUGCGUCCUGACAAGCGCAUUGUGGAUGCUGCAGUUUACUUUGCCCGGGAGAACGCCUUCGAUCGCGGCACUGGCUGGGGCGGCAUCGGCUGGGCCCCAACUGGCGGAUACUACGUUGGUGGUGAAUGUGGACAGGGCUUCUUCUAUACGCUCUUCCACAGACGGGCGGAAAACAGCCGCCGAGCGCUGUCGAGCGUGGGGCUCUGGGAGACCUGGCGAUCCGGGCAGUUGGACCGCUGCAUCUGGAACUACCAGACCAAUAGCAACUGCGUGCAAGAUCUAGAUUGCCGUCACGUCCGGGUUCAUCACAAGCCCACCCGUGAGCGAGGCUCGCCUUCCGAAUGCGACAAGAUCAAAUUCCGGAGGCGGCGUGAAGACCUCCUGCGGCGGCAGAGCGAAGUGCGGCCGCCUCCCUCGGCCGAGGAGCAGCGGCUGGCCAGAGAAGGCAAGCUGCUGAAGCAUCUGGCUGGGCUUUGCUUGCGGGCUGCUGAGGAAGCCAGCGAUGAGCAAACCACGCUGCUUCUGCUGGAUUGCAAGUUUCCACCGGUAGAACAAAACAUCCGCAUCGUCGAGGACGAAGCAGACGGAGGCUAUGUUCUCCUGAAGCAGGGCGGUCGGUGUGCGCACGCGGAGGGCGAUGAGGAUCCAGAGAUGGCGCCUUCUGAACCGAAGCUGGGCUUCCCCGUGCAGUGUGCUUCCACUGCAGCGCAUGUCCGCUUCCGGAAGCUUCCAUCGACUGCGAAGACGGGCAGCUUCGUCCUUCAGCACGAUUCUCGACGAUGCGUUCAUCCCUACGAGGGUGCCGUGAAUCCUCGGGAGACGGGGUUGGGAUGGAUAGGUCGGAUAGGUCUUCCUCAGCAUCAUGGAUCUCUGUGGUAG